AUCAGUUUUUUAAUAUUAUUAAAUUAUUAAUAUUAUUUAUUAGAGAUGUCAAGAAACCAAAAUUACUUUGCCAUUUGUAUUAUAUAUAUUUUUUUAGUUGCUUGAAAAUAAGGCAUUUGAUGAAGGGUCUGAAGUCUGCUGAAGUCAUGAUUGUGGUUAAUGUAUACUUAGAAUAAACCACAAAGUAUUCAAAUAAUUACUGAUAAACUUAUUUAUUGAUAUUACAAUGGAUUCGUAUUUAAUGCAGGUCAGGAGAAUGUGGUUAAAUCAGGAUGGUGACCCUUUAGCGGAUAUGUUGUCUUUACGGCAUGGUCAUAUUUCAAUUCCACAAAUUGGGUCUGAAACUGCAAUGACAAAAACAAUGGAACAUAUAUCUGCUCCUCUUGAUGAUUUGGUACUUUACCAUUUAAAAACUAUAGCAGCAAUGAACAAGGAUGAUCGAUUAGCUAUGUAUAAUUAUCAAAGUUCAGCAGUUCAGUCUUUAACAAAGAUCUUACAAAUGCAAAAAGAAGAAAAUUGGAUGUUACCUGUUAUGAAUGUGAUGUGUUUAGAGUUAAGAUUAUUAGCAGUGUGUGUUGAAAAUAUGAAAACAAAUAAAAAUAUGAAACCAGGAGAAAUUCUAGAAAAGUGUGCAGAUUGCUUAAUGGGUUGUUUUCGAGUAUGCGCUUGCGAUAAUCGUAGUUCAGAAGACGACACAAAACGAUGGGGCAUGCUAGCUUUAGUUAAUCAGUUAUUAAAAAUUUACUUUAGAAUCAAUAAGUUGCAUUUGUGCAGACCUUUGAUAAGAGCAAUAGAAUCUUCUCCCUACAAAGCACAUUUUGCAUUAGCACAACAAAUCACUUAUAAAUUCUUUGUUGGCCGUAAAGCAAUGUUUGAUAGUGAUUACAAAGCUGCUGAUGAAUACCUCACUUAUGCAUUUGAACACUGUCACAAACAAUCUACAAAAAAUAAGCGACUGAUUUUAACUUAUCUUGUGCCAGUGAAAAUGUUAUUGGGUUAUAUGCCAAAACACAGCUUGCUGGAAAAGUACAAUUUAAUGGAAUUUGGGGAAUUAAUGGAAGCUGUCAAAAAAGGAGAUUUAUGUAAUCUAGAAAAAGUUAUGGAGAAACAUGAAACCUUUUUCAUAGGAGCUGGAAUAUAUUUGAUUGUGGAAAAAUUAAAAAUAAUAGCAUACAGAAAUUUGUUUAAGAAGGUGUAUUUAGUAUUAAACAUACAUCAAAUUCCUAUCCAAGAUUUGCUCUCAGCCUUGCAAAUGCAUGAACUUAAUGAUAUGGAUAUGGAUGAAGUAGAAUGCAUUGUUGCAAAUUUAAUAUAUGAAGGAAAAAUUAAAGGGUACAUAUCCCAUCAACAUAAGAAAUUGGUAAUCUCUAAACAAAAUCCUUUUCCGCCACUUUCAACGAUACCGUAAUUGUUACUGAAGUAUUUGUAUUUUCUUUUUAAUAAAUAAAUUGAAAUUUGAUAAAA